CGCGCGUGGUGGGCGGGAGCCGGCCUCAGCCGGGCGGCCGCGCCAUUGGUUAGUCUCGCAUAGCCAGCCCAGAGAAGGAGAGGGCUGGCUCCGCGAGACUAUAGCCGCCAUAGCUGCAUCAGUGACUAGUAGCAUUUGAGCAACGGUUCCAAGUACAUACAGUGCCGUCUACCGCGACAGCGGGGGGACCUUAUGUGGGCUGGGCUGUAUACCGACGUGACGCGGGUAAUGAGCGUGGAUGGAAGAAGCGUCUGGAUCUGGGUCUGCUGGGUCAUCGUGUGAGAUCCAGCGGAUCUUCGUGAUGAGGCACGGGGAGCGAGAAGACUCGCGGAACCCCCUGUGGAAGAGGACGGCGGUCCGGCCGUACGACACGCCCAUCACCAAACGAGGAGAGGCAGAGGCGCGUCGCCUCUCGAGCAAGCGGCUUUCAGGCAAGGCAAGAAAAGGACGGAGUUGAGUAAUAUACGCAUCAUCUACUCGUCGCCGUUCCUUCGCUGCCUUCAGACGGCAAUGCAGUCAUCAUUAGCUCUUGAUAUUGAAGGACUGCAUCUCUCUAAGUACCUGAGUGAGAUUCUGACCACACAGUGUGGAAUGACUGGUAUUCCAGAUGUGCCAUGUGAUGACAUUGCCUCGUAUAGCAUCUCAAUUACACAGCCGGAUAGCAGGGACUUCCCUGCUUACCCAGAAAAGGCAGCAGAAGCUAUCCUGAGGUAUAAGAAGGAGUUCAAGAGGGUGGCAGAUACCCACUGGCCAGCCAACCUGCUCCUAGUGACUCAUGAGUACGGUGUGCUGGCUGGCCUGGAGCUGGGGGGAACCACAGAGCCCAUGGAGGCCACCUACUGCAGCUGUGUAGAGCUGGUCCGGACAGACAGCAAGACACACAACUGGACCAUCGGACAAUGUCAUGGGGUUUACAAAUACGAUACUAUUAUUGAUUGACAUG